GGGAGAGUCGCCAGAGGGGGUGGAGCUUGGGUGUCUGCAGAGGCCAGGGAUGAAGGGUGGGGCCUCUGUCCAGGAGGCGGGCAGGGUCCUCAGGUUGUGACCCUGAGUGUCAUUGGAAGCUUGCAAGGUUCAGGGGCCUGAGGGGCGGGGCCGGGCCCAGGGAGGGGCUGCCCGGAGAGAACCAGCCCUGAGCCUGAGCUCUUGGGGCUGAUAUCUCCCUUCUUCGGCAGAAUAGCCCCGGUGGGGCAGAGCCCGACCCCCGCCCGCCGCUGCCUCCGUCCGCCGCCUCCUCCCCCUCGGAGCUCUUAGCCAGCCCCCUGCCGCGGGAGUGAGGGGAAACACGGCUCCCCUUCCCCUGCUCAGCCUGCAGAGGACCGAAGACCUGGCCUAGGCAGGGAGCCCGAGGGAAUGGCCCCAGGACCCCGGAGACCCCCCUGGCAGGAGUCACUGACAUUCAAGGAUGUGGCUGUGGACUUCACCCAGGAGGAGUGGUGCCUCUUGGACCGUUCUCAGAAAGAUCUGUUCAAGGAAGUCAUGCUGGAAAACUCCCAGAACCUGCUCUUCCUGGGAAUUCCAGUUCUCAGAGAAGAUUUGAUCUUCCAUUUCGAGGAAAGGGAGGCAUCAUGGAUCAUGGAUAAGAUAGAUCCAAGGAGCUCCUGUCCAGACACAGACUCCAGGUUUGAAGUGAAUGAGACUACUGCAAGGCUGAGCAUUUCUGUAGAAGAAUCUCACCCGCAAGGAUUCAUGAGUGGUGGUCCCUGUGACUUCAAUUUGAGAGAAAUCUGUGACUCAGAUAUUAAGAUAGAGAAAAUUCAAAAUAGUUACUGUAAACUUGAUAAAGACAGAAAGGAUUUCAAACAAUAUUCAGUACUAAUUCAGUGUAAGAAACUGGCCUCAAGAAAUGCUUGCUUUCAGUAUACCAAAGCUAGGGAAUGCUUUACUGAAAAGGUUAGGCUUAUUCAGUCUUCUGAAAAGCCUCCUGAAAUACAAAUGGAUCAGCAGGAAAUGGCAUCCAGCUUGAGUUCAGACCUCACUAGAAAUCAGAAAAGUUAUACUGGAGAAAUGACUUAUGUAGAGAAUGAAAGUAGGAAGUCCUUCAGCCAGAACUCAAAGCUCAUUAACCUUCAUAAAAUUCACACUGCAGGGAAAAAUUAUAAAUGUAAUCUAUGUGGACAGGCUUUCACAAAUAGGUCCAGUCUUGGUAUACAUCAGAGAAUCCACAGUGGAGAGAAACCAUAUAAAUGUAAUCAGUGUGGAAAGGCUUUCACACAGAACAAUAAUCUUUUGAAACAUCAGAGAAUCCACAAUGGUGAGAAACCUUAUGAAUGUAAUCAAUGUGGAAAGGCUUUCACACAGAACUACAGUCUUGCUCGACAUCAGAGAAUCCACACUGGAGAGAAACCAUAUGAAUGUAAUCAAUGUGGAAAGAAUUUCAGAACAAGAUCUAGUCUUCAUGUGCAUCAGCGAAUUCACACUGGAGAAAAACCAUAUGAAUGUAGUCAGUGUGGAAAGACUUUCAGAACAAGAUCCAGUCUUGAUCUUCAUCGGAGAAUCCACACUGGAGAGAAGCUUUUUGGUUGUAAUCAAUGUGGAAAGACUUUCAAAAGAAGAUCAAGUCUUCUUGAACACCAGAGAAUUCACACUGGAAAGAAACCUUAUGGUUGUAAAGAGUGUGGAAAGACUUUCCGAACAAAAUCAAUUCUUGUUGAACACCAGAGAAUUCACACUGGAGAGAAACCUUAUGAAUGUAAACAAUGUCAAAAGGCUUUCAUAUCCAGCUCUUGUCUUGCUAAACAUCAGAAAAACCAUGCUACUGAGAAACCUUAUGAAUAUAAUCAAUGUGGAAAGACUUUGAGAUGCCGCUUUGAACUUGCUAAAAAUCAGAAAAUCCUCCAUGGAGAGAAAUCUCACAAGUGUCAUGAAUGUGGUAAAGUUUUUCAUGAGCACGCUUCCCUUAUUGCACAUCAGAGAAUCCACACUGGAGAGAAAACUUAUGAAUGUAAUCAGUGUGAAAAGGCUUUCACACAGACCUCCAAACUGGCUGUGCAUCUAAGAAUCCACACUGGAGAGAAACCUUAUGAAUGUAAUCAGUGUGGAAAGGCUUUCCCAUAUAGGGCCAAUCUUGCUAACCAUUUGAGAAUCCACACUGGAGAGAAACCUUAUGAAUGUAAUCAGUGUGGAAAGGCUUUCACAGAGAACUCCAACCUUGUUGCACAUCAGAGAAUCCACACUGGAGAGAAACCUUAUGAAUGUACUCAAUGUGGAAAGGCUUUCCGAAUAAGAUCCAUUCUUGUUGAACAUCAAAGAAUUCACUCUGGAGAAAAACCUUAUGAAUGCAAUCAAUGUGGAAAGGCUUUCAGAUCCAGCUCCUGUCUUGGUAAACAUCAAAAAAUACACACUUGAGAACCUUACGAAUAUGAUCGAUGUGGUAAAGCCUUCAAGUAACAGUCAUCUCUCAUUUCCCAUCAGAGAAUUACUAUUAAAUAUGAAUUUUAUCACUAUAGUGAAUGAGGAAAGACAUUUAAAUGAGAACACAGGUUGUAAAACAUCAGAAAAUUUGUUCUGGGUAGAUGCUCUAUAUGGACACAAUGGGGGAAGACCUUCUUACUUUAUAUCAGAGGAUUUGUGGUGAGGAGAAGCCUUAGGAAUUUGCUCAAUGGAGUCAUGAUUUUCUCUGGAACAAGGAGAUGACUAGACAUGAGGAUAUUCAUACUGGAAAGAAGGCUUAUCAAAGCAAUGCCUUUCGUCAAUGUCAAGGUCUUUACAUAGAGCUUAAAGAUGAAUAUACAUUGGAGAAAUCAUCCCAGAGAUAAAACUUAUGGAUCUAAGUAAUGAGGUAAGGCCUCUUUCAGUAUAGACUUUGUUAGGCAUCUCAAAUUUCAUGCUGUUCAUAAAUGCCUGUAAAUAUAAUGAAUUUUUCUUUCAAAAUCCUAGUUUUAUUAUUACUCCCUAAUAAUAUUUCAUAGCUUUCAUAUACCAUAAAUUUCUUCAGCAAGGCCCUAAUCAAUUCAUUUUGUUCCCUGUUCUUUGGCAACACUAAGUAUCCUGAUAUAAGUAUUUUGAUAUCUAUCAGACAUCUAUUUCUGUAACAGUUUCUUUAAAUAAUUAGGUAGCAUAGUGGAUAGUAUGCUGUGCCUGAAGCCACAAGUCCUGAGUUCAAAUUCAUUCUAUGACACUUACUAGCUGUAUAAUUCUGGGCAAGUCACUUAACUUAUUCCUGCCUGAUUUUACAUCUGUAGAAUGGGGAUAAUAAUAGCAACUACCUCCUAGGAUUGAUAUGAGGAACAAAUGAGAUAAUAUUUGUAAAGAGCUUUGCAAGUAUUAAGUCACAAUCAAAAGCUAGUUAUUAUUUCUUGGGCUAUAAGUCUUAUAGUAGACCUAGUGGACUAAAAUAUACGGACAGUCUAUUCACUUUUAAUUCAAAUUUAUAGAACAGUAUAGAGAAAGGUAGUAAUUAAAAUAGGUAGGGCAUUAGGUUCUGAAUCAGGAAGAUGGGUUCAAAUCCUGCUUCAAAUUCUCUCUAGCUCUGUACUUUUGGGAAAGGAGCAACUAAAAAAUAAGCUUGAGAAAUUGAAUGUCAGGUACAUAACAUACCCCCAAAAGUGAGUAUAAUAACCAUGGUUUUGAUAAGUCUAAAGACCCCCAACUACAGGGCCAGGAUUUAUUAAUCACUACAAAAUGGUAAAAAAAAAAAAUUGGAAAACAGUCUGCCAGAAACUAGGUCUCACAUUAUACGCAUAUGUGUGUGUGUA